AUGCAAAAUGAGUCAAAAUCUAAAUUCAUCGAAAAAAGAGAAAAAUGAUGAUUUAGAAAUUGUUAAUUUGGAUUACGAAUAGAACAGUUAAUCAUAUCAUGUCUACUUUAGAAGUGCUUGGUUCUAAAGGAACCACUUUAGUUGAUCUUGUUAGCAAUUUAAAGUUAUCCAUUGCCACUUCUGUGUUCGAACCAACUUUAAAAGUUGAAUUAAAUGAAGAAAAUGGUGUCUUAUUAAAGGAUAAAAAGUCAGGAUUUGAAUUAGUGGAAGCCAAUGCCAUUGUUAAAUACUUGGGUAAGGAUUUUGCUUCUCAUCCUGCCAUUGAGAAGGAAGAAAUUGAAAUCUAUGGUCAUUUAAAAUCCAAUUCCAUUGAAAAGAUUCUUAAUGAAGAAUUAUUUGAUAAAGUUGAAUUGAUUCCAUCUCAAAUCAUUUUAUUCUCUGCUUUAUAUCCUGCUCAUAAAGAUAAUGAAAAAGCAUCUAAAUGGUUUAUUGAAUUCAGUAAGAAUGAAAAAGUCGCCUCUGCUGUGAAACAUGCUGUUUCAAUUACUAGUUUAGAAAGACCAGUGGCUAAGAAUACUGGUGAAAGAAAGAUUAAAGCUCAUCAUUUAGUCAAGAAAUCAGAAGCUUCUAUUGUUCCAAAACCAAAUGAAAGAAAUAUAUUAAUCACUUCAGCUUUACCUUAUGUUAAUAAUGUUCCUCAUUUAGGUAACAUUGUUGGAUCUGUCUUGUCAGCCGAUAUCUAUGCUCGUUAUGCAAAAAAUAGAAACUAUAAUACUUUAUUUGUUUGUGGUACUGAUGAAUAUGGUACUGCAACUGAAACUAAAGCUUUACAAGAUAAAAUCACUCCUCAACAAUUAUGUGAUAAAUAUCAUAAAAUCCAUAAAGAAGUUUAUGAUUGGUUUGAUAUUGGAUUUGAUUAUUUCGGUAGAACUCCAACUACUCAACAAACAGAAAUCGCUCAUGAUAUUUUCCUUAAAUUAUACAAAAAUGGUUAUUUAGAAGAAAAAACUGUUCCUCAAUUAUACUGUGAAUCCCAUAAUAAGUUCUUAGCUGAUAGAUAUGUUGAAGGUACUUGUCCAACUUGUAGUUAUGAAGAUGCUAGAGGUGAUCAAUGUGAUAAAUGUGGUAACCUUCUUGAUCCAUUAGAAUUAAUCAAUCCUCGUUGUCAAGUUGAUGGUGCUACUCCAGUGGUUAGAAACUCUACUCAUAUUUAUCUUAAACUUCCUGAAUUAGAAGAAAAAGUAGCUGAAUGGGUGGCUGAAGCUUCUUCAAAAGGUGCUUGGUCUAAAAAUUCCAAGACCAUUACUGAUUCUUGGAUUAAAAAAGGUUUAGAAUCAAGAUGUAUUACUAGAGAUUUAUCUUGGGGUACUUCUGUUCCAUUAGAAGGAUUUGAAAGUAAAGUUCUUUAUGUAUGGUUCGACGCUACCAUUGGUUAUGUUUCAAUCACGGCUAAUUAUUUCAAAGAUAAAGAUCCAAAUGAUUGGAUUAAAUGGUGGAAGAAUCCUGAAAAUGUCGAUUUAUAUCAAUUCAUGGGUAAAGAUAAUGUUCCAUUCCAUACUGUUGUUUUCCCAGCUUCUUUAAUUGGUACUGGUGAUAAAUGGACUAAAUUACAUCAUUUAAGUACUACUGAAUAUUUACAAUAUGAAGGUGGUAAAUUUUCUAAAUCAAGAGGUGUUGGUGUGUUUGGUAAUAAUGCUCAAGAAACUGGAGUUCCAGCAUCGGUUUGGAGAUAUUAUUUAGCAUCUGUCAGACCUGAAUCAUCAGAUUCUCAUUUCUCAUGGGAAGAAUUUGUUACUAAGAAUAAUUCUGAAUUAUUAGCUAACUUGGGUAACUUUGUUAAUAGAAUUGUUAAAUUUGCUAUUGCCAAAUAUAAUGGAGUUGUCCCAAAAUUCGAUACUAAGAAUAUUCCAGAUUAUGAUAAAUUCGAAUCAGAAGUGAAUACUUUGUUAUCUACUUAUAUUGAAAACAUGGAAGCUGUAAGUUUAAGAAAAGGGUUGGAAACUGCCAUGGCUAUUUCUUCUCGGGGUAAUUUAUUCUUACAAGAUAAUAAAUUAGAUAAUAGUCUUUAUGCUAAUUCUCCAGAAAAAUCAGAUGCAGUAGUAGCCAUUGCCUUAAACUUGGUUUACUUAGUUAGUGCUAUAAUCUAUCCAUUCAUGCCAGAAACCACAGUUCAAAUCGAUCAAAUCUUGAAUGCACCAGCUUUAUCAAUCACUGAUAAGUUUGAAUUAGUAUUAGAAGAAGGUCAUAAUAUUGGUAAGGCUCAAUACUUAUUCAAGAGAAUUGAUGAAAAGAAAAUUGAUGAAUGGAGAGCCAAAUAUGGAGGUCAAAAAGAUGAUGACAAAAAAUAAAGUAUAAUCUAAAUCAGUAGACGUUAAUGUUUUAUACCGUAGUAUAUCAUAUACAUAUAUAAAUAGAUGUUCCAAUUUUAUGUAUACAACCUAUUAUAGCUUUUGCAAUCUAAUUAUCUCACCCGAUAUCCUCGGCAGCGUACGGUUUAAAAAUUUUGUGCCCGGGGAAUGAUUC